AUGCAUUCUGGUGUAGUCGGUUUGGUAGAUGUAGCCAUGAUAUCGCUUGCGGUUUUGUUCGCAUUUGUAGUUCCGCUUUCUUUUUGCUUUUACGUUCCUGGUUUGUCACCAGUUGAGUACGAAGUUGGAGACGCAAUAAGCGUUAAGGCGGUCAAAGUUUGGAGUUCUGAUACACAACUGCCGAUCGACUUUUACGAUUAUUUAUCCUUUUGUGAUCUUGACGGAAGGCGCCUUUAUGAGAAUCUCAACAUUGGUAACAUUUCGCUAUUGCCUUAUCUGGGAUUCUUAGGAGAGGUACUGCGUGGCGAUCGCGUGGUCGAGGCCCCAUUUAAGAUUAACAUGCUAACAAAUGUUGACUGCCGCCAAGCAUGUCAUGCGGUGCCGAUUUCAUCUAAGAAGAUUGAUGCUCUUAUUCAUCUCAUUGACAACGAAUACAUCGUUAAUAUUGAUGUGGACGAUCUGCCUGUGGCUGUAGAGCGUUCCACUGAAACUCAAAACCAAUAUGAAAUCGGUUAUCGAAUCGGGUUUAAAAAAGAGAAUGAAGUAUACUUAAAUAACCAUUUAAAGUUUCUGGUAAAAUACCACGAAGUGGAUGGUCGUUACCGCAUUGUUGGUGUUACCGUUGAACCUAUGAGCAUUCGAAGUGAGGACGUCACCCAAAGUUCAAACGGGACGUGCAAAAUAGCAAAUAGAGAACGGCCUUUGGUCCUUAAACCGGGCAUAUUGACGAAAUUUGGCUUCACUUAUGGGGUCGAAUGGGUGCGCUCGGACACUGAAUGGGCCUCACGUUGGGAUAUUUACCUCAAUACUGGUGAUGGUCAAAUCCAUUGGUUUUCAAUAAUCAAUUCCAUCAUCAUAAUCAUUUUCCUCACUGCUGUUAUGGCUGUUAUAUUACUAAAAACUUUACGACGUGAUAUCGCCUCUUAUAACAGGGAGGAAGACUCCGAGGAGAUUAUUGAGGAAUCGGGGUGGAAACUGGUACAUGGUGACGUCUUUAGGCCUCCAAGACGAAGUGCUUUGCUGGCAGCUUUUGUUGGCUCGGGUGUCCAACUUCUUUGCAUGACAUUUAUCGUCCUAUUCUUCGCAAUGCUAGGCAUGCUUUCUCCUGCCUCAAGAGGAGCUCUCUUGAGUGCCGUUGUCUUCACAUAUGUCUUUAUGGGAGCCGUUGCGGGUUACUUCUCAGGUCGUAUCUACAAAACUAUGCGUGGCUUCUACUGGAAAUCUACUGCCCUAUUGACCGGUUUGCUUUAUCCAGGCAUAAUUCUGGCGGUGUGUCUCUUCAUCAACAUCUUCCUUUGGGCAAAGGGAUCUUCAGCAGCCCUACCUUUCACUACAAUUCUUGGUAUACUCUCUCUCUGGCUCCUCGUAUCUCUUCCCCUCAUCUUCAUAGGAUUUUUCUUUGGGAUGCGAAAACGUCCCUAUGAGCAACCAGUACGCACAAAUCAGAUUCCUCGUGCCAUUCCUGAUCGCAAGAUGCACCAGAAUAUCUUCGUUACAACUAUGCUGUGUGGACUUUUGCCAUUCGGUAGUGUUUUUAUCGAGUUGUUCUUCAUUUUCAACGCUCUUUGGAACCGGCAAAUCUACUACCUCUUUGGAUUUCUAUUUAUUGUCUUCGUCAUUCUCAUCAUCAGUUGUGCCCAGGUUGCUGUUGUGACGACCUACUUCCAAUUAUGCAGUGAAUUCUGCUGUUCUCUUAAGGACUAUCACUGGUGGUGGAGAUCGUUUAUCACCUCCGGCGGAGCAGCGGUGUACCUAUUCCUCUACUCCAUCUACUACUUUGCAACUCGAUUGGAGAUCACAAGUUUUGUCUCAACCCUGCUUUACUUCGGUUACUGUUCCAUUCUCACAGCGACGUUUUGGAUCCUCACAGGCACAAUCGGCUUCUUCUCGGCCUUCACCUUCUUGCAAAAGAUUUACGCCGCUAUUAAGAUUGACUAA